CAAAUUAUUGCUCGUCAUUGACAGGAGACUUUAAAUUUAAUUUAUCACAAUAUAUAUCCCCUCUCGAGAAGCUCCCGCAUCAUGUUUGGCAGACAGAGUGGACUUGGCAGUUCCAGCAACAGCAGUAAUUUGGUGGAGUUUCGUGCUGGACGCAUGAACAUGGUGGGCAAAAUGGUACACCCCGACUCGCGCAAGGGUUCGGUGUACAUGACCCAAUCCGACGAUGGCCUGAUGCACUUCUGCUGGAAGGAUCGCACCUCCGGCAAGGUCGAGGAUGAUUUGAUUGUCUUUCCCGAUGACUUUGAGUACAAGCGCGUGGAGCAAUGCAAAACCGGACGCGUUUAUGUGCUCAAGUUCAAGUCUUCGACUCGUCGCAUGUUCUUCUGGAUGCAGGAGCCGAAGACCGACAAGGACGAGGAGCACUGCCGUCGCAUCAACGAGCUCCUCAACAAUCCGCCCUCGGCUCAUCAGCGUGGCGGGGGAGGAGGCAGCAAUGACGGCGAUUUGCAGUACAUGCUGAACAACAUGUCGCAACAGCAGCUGAUGCAGCUCUUCGGCGGUGUGGGCCAAAUGGGAGGCCUAAGCUCUUUGCUGGGCCAAAUGAACUCGCGCACACCGUCGUCCCGUAACACCUCGUCGUCGGGAGGCGCCUCGGCGCUGCAAACGCCCGAGAACAUCAGUGUGCCCCGCACUCCCACCGCACCCAAGGGCUCCAAGUCGGGCAGCAGCCGUAGCAAUCUGAAUUCGCAGAGCGACACCGCUGGCAGUGCCAGCUCGUCCAUUGAUGCCGAUGCCUCCGGUAAGAACUCAACCACAUCAACUACGACAGCAUCAGAAACGACUGGAGCCUAUGCCAAUCCAUUCCAAGCGUAUUUAUCCAAUCUCUCCCCCGAACAUGGCGCAGGGCGUUCUUUGAACAUCGACCUAUCGACGGCCCUCUCGGGCGCGGAAGCCAUCAAUCAGCUUAUUGCCGAUCCGGAGCGCGUUAAGACACUGAUUGUGCACCUGCCCGAGUCGGAGAAUGCGGAUGAAGAUCGCAAGCAGCAGAUUAAGGAUCACAUUACAUCCCCACAGUUCCAGCAGGCCCUAGCCCAGUUCUCCAAUGCCCUGCAAUCGGCCCAGUUGGGUCCGGUGGUGAAGCAGUUUGAGCUCUCCAAUGAUGCCGUAGCAGCCGCCUAUUCCGGCAACCUGGAGGACUUUGUGAAUGCCCUGCAGAAGAGUCUUCCCGCUGGCACCACCAUGGGCGGAGAGAAGGAGGCGACCGAGAAGAAAGCCGAGCCCGAGGCUGCCAAGGACGACAAUCCUGAGCCCGUCGAGAAGCAGGAGGAGAAACAGAAAUAGCAUUCACUUGUGUAGCAAAGCAAUAACACGCAAGCAAAUCAAACGCGUUCAAAACAAAUAGUUUUUGCACAUUUUUAAAAGUAUUUUCGUUCUGAAUAAAUUAUCUCGGCAAGAAGCUAACUACCAGAGAUAUGGCACACAUCUGAACUUCAAUA